ACCGCCAUCGACUUCAUGCUCUCCAAUGCUAAGCUGGUGCUCGGUGUGGGAGGCGCCGCCAUGCUGGGCAUCGCCACGCUCGCUGUUAAAAGAAUGUACGACCGCGCCAUCAGCGCUCCAACCAGCCCCACCAAGAUGGAUCAGACGGGGAAGAGGAGCUGGGAGGAGCCUGCCUGGAUGGGUUCGUCCCCGCGGGUCCUGAACCACAACAUGAAGUCCACAGUGAGCCGGUCCAUGCACUCUCUGCCCACCUCCUCACACGCUUUUGAACCAGACCUCCUGCGCAGAGCUGUGGGUCGGUCUGCCAUGGGAGGGAGCGGGGCGACUCAGUCGGACCUGAUGCGGGCCCGGAUGCGUCUGUCCCUGCAGGAGCAUCUUUGGGGGUUCUACCAAAAUAACGUCAACAUCCCCGCGGAGGAGCAGGCCGCGGCGAGGAGGGCGGCUCUGGACAUCUGUGCUGAACUCCGAAUCUUCCUUCACGCCAAACUGCCCGACAUGCCGCUCAGGGAGAUGUACCUGAGCGGCAGUCUGUACGACGACCUGCAGGUGGUGACGGCGGACCACGCCCAGCUGAUGGUCCCUCUGGUCCUGGAGAAGAACCUGUGGUCGUCCAUCCCGGGGGAGGACACCAUCAUGAACGUCCCGGGGUUCUGGCUGGUCCGCAGAGAGAACCUGGAGUACUUCCCCCGUAACAGCAGCUACUGGGACCGCUGCAUGGUCGGGGGGUACCUCUCCCCGAAGUCUGUCCUGGAGGUCUUUGAUAAACUCGUUGCUGGGUCCAUCAACUGGCCCGCCAUAGGGAGCGUCCUGGACUACAUAAUCCGUCCCGUGGUUCCUUCAGAGACUCUGACCCUGGAGGUGCAGUACGAGAAGGACCGGAAGCUGUACGUGGACUUCCUGCCGUUACUCGUGAUGGAGGACGGGACCUCACUGAUCGCAAAACCUCAUCGCCUGGCAGCAGAGCGCCACGAGAACCUGUGGCGCCAGAGCUUCCGCGUGGCCGAGACGGCCCGGCUCAGAGCUCUGGACCAGGAGGACGGAGGCUGCCGGUGCGCCUGCCUGAAGGUGGCGAAGGCCGUGUGCAAGCUCAACCCCGCCCUCAAUCGGCUCAACGCCAGCCAGCUCACCAACGCCAUCUUAUUGCUGUGCGAUAAAGAAGGGGACUGGACCCAGGACGCUCUCGCAGACCGCUUCCUGCAGCUGCUGCGAGCUCUGGUGGGUCACCUGGAGGCCGGGAGGCUGCCGUGCGCCCUCAGUCCUAAAGUGAACUUAUUCUGCGAGCUGACGGAGCACGAGGUGGACGAGCUGGGAUACACGCUGUACUGCGCCCUGUCAGACCCCGAGGGGCUGCUGAGGACUGAGGAGCCGCCACAGCCCUGAUGAUCGCCGCCACGCCAGACCGAGGCACGGAGACCGCCAUCAGGUCCCUGAAAACCUCUGCAUGGAUUCAUCCUCUUUGCUUCUUUAAUAUGUCUUCACCAACAAAAUACAUGAUUCACUGUGUAGCAGAUAUUAAACAUGGAGGUCUGAGAGGACUGAUCGUGGUCACAUUCAUACUGUUUUUAAUCUCCAUGGAGACGAGGAGCAGAUUAACGUCCUCACAGAGCGAUGAGCUCUAAUGAAGCUCUUUAUCAGGACGUCACGUGUUAAAUGUUCUGUGUCAAAGGUCGCGUGGGGAUUGUGUGUCUGAUAAACUGCUCGCUCUGAAGGACUCCUCGCUGUAACGUCUGAUGAUGGCGUCGUCCGCGGCGUGCUCGCAGGGAUCAGACGGGAACACGCCGUCUCUAACUUCUCUAACAUUUCCAGCUCUGAUCGGACGUCUCUGACUCAUGAGCCGCUUCAUCACCUGACCACACUGUGAUGUUGGUGAACAGAGAGCGUGUCCGUGGGACCGCCUCUCACAGGGCGCCCGCGUCCGUCCCUCGCGAUGCUUUAAAGAGACGCUCUGAUAUGAUUUCAUGUUCGUCUUUCAAAACGCUCCAGAGUUGAUUUGCAGCCGAGAUGUUCAAAGUGCUUUAGUUUGCUUUAAUUCCACGUCCCUCUCACGACCGCGACCGCGACCUGGAUCAGAGCGCCCUUCUUUAGGAACUCAUUCUCCGUCUUACCUCUGUAGGCGUGCGUCCCGUGUGCUCGCUCUAAGUCCACUUUUAAUCCUGAUUACUUUUAGGUGCCAACCCGUCUGGAGGAGGGAUCCAGGCCCGUAUUAGAGCGGUACACUGGGACAGGUUCCAGGUCAGUAAAUGCACAAACACCACCUGCCUGUGGGCGCGUGUGUUCGUAGAUCACGGGUGCUAAUCUCUGUGGAUGGCGAGGGAUCAGGAAGUGGUCCCUCUGCUGAUGAUCAGGUGACUUUAACCUGCAGAGUAAUAAUCCUCUAAAUGAUUCACGUCGUUGCUUUUUGUUUUCACUUUUAGCCUUUGAACAAAACGGAGACAUGCAGUGAGGAGGAGCGUCCCCCCCCCCCCCCAUGUGUUUGUAUGUUGAGUCAGAGGACUUGAGUUGUUAAUAGUUGUUGUUCCUUCAGUUGAUAAUAAUCAAACAGGUCAAUAUUUUUGUAUUUAUUGUACAGUUGUAACCAAAAAGAGCCAAAUAUUUAUUUCACUUCAGCUCCACGUGGAACAUUCACUCAUCCUGCUUCAACGUGUUCGUCCUCAUGGACUCAUAUUUAACAACAGAUCCUCUUCAUGUGGACCCAGGGGCUGCUGGACCCAAAGGAGGGACUCUAUGGGAGGGACUAGACGGGAGGGACUCUAUAGGAGGGACUCUAUAGGGGGGACUCGACGGGGGGGACUCGACAGGAGGGACUCUAUAGUAGGGACUCUAUGGGAGGGACUUGACGGGAGGGACUCUAUGGGAGGGACUUGACGGGAGGGACUCUAUAGGAGGGACUCUAUGGGAGGGACUCGACGGGGGGGACUCGACGGGGGGGACUCGACAGGAGGGACUCUACGGGAGGGACUCGACGGGGGGGGACUCGACGGGAGGGACUCUAUAGGAGGGACUCUAUAGGGGGGACUCGACAGGAGGGACUUGACGGGAGGGACUCGACGGGAGGGACUCGACGGGGGGGACUCGACGGGAGGGACUCGACGGGAGGGACUCUAUAGGAGGGACUCUAUAGGAGGGACUCGACGGGAGGGACUAGACGGGAGGGACUCUAUAGGAGGGACUCAACGGGAGGGACUCGACGGGAGGGACUAGACGGGAGGGACUCUAUAGGGGGGACUCGACGGGAGGGACUAGACGGGAGGGACUCUAUAGGGGGGACUCGACGGGAGGGACUCUAUGGGACGGGAGGGACUCUAUAGGAGGGACUUGAUGGGAGGGAUUUGACAGGAGGGACUCUAUAGGAGGGACUAAACGGGAGGGACUAGACGGGUAUGGGAGGGACUCUAUAGGAGGGACUCGACGGGAGGGACUCGACGGGAGGGACUCUAUAGGAGGGACUCUAUAGGAGGGACUCGACGGGAGGGACUCUAUAGGAGGGACUUGACGGGAGGGACUCGACGGGAGGGACUCGACGGGAGGGACUCUAUAGGAGGGACUCUAUAGGAGGGACUCUAUAGGGGGGACUCUAUAGGAGGGACUUGACGGGAGGGACUCUAUAAUAGGGACUUAAUAGGAGGAACUCGAUGUACUACUUUUGUAACGUUUGUGAAACAGGAAGUAGAUCUCUACCUCGACCUUGUGGAGAGGGUCGGCCUCAUGCUGCGCUGCAUGCUGCGUAUAUUUCCCCAGCUUCUUUUAAUUUGUUCAGCUCUGGAGUUGAACGGCGCCACACUUUGUAUAAUUCAAUAAAAGUCAAAGAAUA